UUUUUUUUUUUCUUUCAAUGUUUUGGCGGUUUGGGCUUACUUCAACACCUUCUGCUAUUGACAUACUACUCGAGAAAAAAAAUGUUAGACUUGAGACCUUACUUGCCGAACCAGAUAUUAUUCAAGAAACUCAAUCACAUAACCCUAAACUGAUUGCAUUUCUAUCCAAAAGAGAAAGUCUUCUAGACCUGGUCUCCUUGUUUUUCUGCUUGGAAAUGGACCAACAAAGACUCCCGCUUAUUGCUUGUGAAAUUCUUGCUUGUGAGAUACCCGAGAUUAUAGAUGCUAUUGUGAUAGACCAUUUAGACGUGUUACAAGCAUUUUGGAACUUUCUUAAUAUACCUUAUUCCUCUCAAGCUACUUACUCUUUUCAGUCCUCUUAUUUUUGCAAAAUCAUUACUGUUUUUAUUACCAAAAGAACAACCGAAAUGCUGUUGUUUAUCAAAUCUUCUCCAUCACAACUCGACAAGAUCUUGUCUCAUCUACAGAGUUCUGCUGUCAUGGAAUUCUUGUUUAGUCUGAUUCAUUUAGAAGAGUUACCAGAAGGAAAAGGAACUGUUCAGUGGCUUCAUGAUCAUGGUUUACUUUCCAACCUCAUUCAGCGACUCGAUCCAAAUCUGGAGACAGACCAACAUCAUAUUGCACAACAAUGCUUAUGUGAAAUCAUAAGAAUAUCACAAACAAGCUUAAUGGACUCACCCAGUAUAGGCACAAAUGACCUUGUGCGUCAAUUGAUAAGCAAACAAACCAUGCAAAGAUUGGUUGAAUUUAUGCUUGACAGAAAUGCACCUCAUUUGACUUCGACCUUGAUUCAUAGUGUCACUGUCAUCAUUGAUCUCAUUCGACACAACAACAGUGACCUAGAUCAACAGACAGAUACCAGUGCCAUGCCUGAAUCUCAUGUGUGUUUAGCAGACAUGUUGCAAGUCCUGACGAGUCAUAUCCACCGAUUCAAUCAGAUAUUAGUGGCAGAUCAGACCAGAACAACACUUGGUUUUGAUCGACUCAAGAUAUGUGAAUUAUAUGCUGAAUUGUUGCAUUGUUCCAACAUGUCCAGUCUAAAUCAACAGCAGUCGAGUGUAGGCGAUGCACUCAAGAUAGAGUUUGUUGAUCAAAAAACGAUACCUAUCUGCAUUGACUUGUUUUUUGCUUUUCCUUGGAACAACUUUUUACAUUAUGUUGUGUAUGAUACACUGCAUCAAGUAUUCAAUGGUCCUAUGGACAAUCAACACAACUUACGCCUGGCUAUUUCUGUAUUUGAACAAGCUCGUUUGACAGACAAGAUCAUAGAAGCACAAGACAAGAAUGAUAAAGCAUGUGCUCAACCUAAAGGAACUCGUUUAGGCUAUAUGGGCCAUUUGACAUUGAUUGCAGAUGAAAUCAUGAAGCUUUUUGAAGGAUACCCUGAAAGUGUGAUUAGUGCUGUUCAAGAUACUGUUGAUUUGGAUGCAUGGUCCAUGUACUGUCAUCAACAGUUGAAAGAAACAAAAGCUAAAGACAGUUUAGUUUUGGGUCAAGUCUUUGAUGAGACACACAUCAUACUGAAUGAGUCUUAUUGGAUAAAUCCAUCCACAUUCAAUCAAGUGUCUACUCAACAAAAAAACCUAAAGAAAGAUCUUGAUCCAUUCUCAACUGUUGAAGAAGAAAAAAUAUACACACAAAAGAGUGCUUGGGAAGAAAAACAUGGUUCAGGUUUUUCAGAUUUAGACUUGAGUGUGAUUAGAUUAGACGAUCCUAAGAAAGACAUCACAGCCAAUGGUUAAUCAGCAUAAAAUUGGCGAAUACAAUUAUCAUUCACUUGCAAAUCAUUACGAAAUCUAGCACACAAUAAACAAACCUGCAUCAGACUACCAUAAUAAUAACAUUUUUUAUUUUUUCUGGGUCAGUAUUGCCAAGGAUAGGAUAGCCAUAAAACCCCAUAAGGUAUUGACGCCAUCCUGAUUUGUCCGACAUUUUU